UUCGAGGCGGCAUUUGACCGUAACACGGCUGAACAUAUAUUUAUCAGUAACAACAAAAAACAUACUUACUAUGUUUCAUUUAGCGCUAAUACUAUCUGCGAUGACGCUAGCCGCCAUGGCUCAUCCCACCAGGAUGGUUCCACCUUCAGAGAUGGCUCUUAUUCUUGGUGAAGAAGAAUUUGAGGACUACCUAGAUACAUAUCUAGCUAUAGAACAAAAGAAUUGGAUUAAUGCUACUUCCUCUCCACGCAGUGGAUGUACUUUAAGAGUUAACGGAGACUUUGGUCAACCCCAGCCUGUAUAUAUCAGUAAGAGGACUAAUAAUUAUUUGGCAGCCAGUGACAAUUCAGGUCAGAUACGUCUCAGUGCCGGAGAAGAAGUAAUUGUGUCCUGUCCAAAAAACCAUGCUAUUCUCCACCCGAACAUUGUAUCGACAGUUCAUACUGCUACCGCCAGGUGUGUUAGCAAUAAUUUAUUUUCUGGAGCUGGAUGGUUAAAUGGUAACAGAGCUUUUGGACAACUAACUUGUGCCCGUCACGCUUUCUACCAAGCUCAGCAGACAAGUACAAGAUGCUUCAACAACGGCGUUGUAAUUCGCGUGGGCUUUUCUGUGAACAAUCGAUUUUAUCCUCUCUACCAAUCCUGCUACAAUCAAAACCGUAUGGAAGUUUUGUACGUAUGGUACAACCAAAACGCUAACAAUGCUGUGCAUCAAACCGGAGUUAGUAGGCCAAGUUGGUCAGCUGGAGGCUUCUUCCCUGGUGUCAACAUAAACAACGUUUACACACAAGCUAGCCAAAAGACAGCUAUUGCAAGACUAGUAGGAAAUGCCUUAGCUGAUAAAUAUGUAACGAACAAUCAAUUCCUUGCUCGUGGUCAUCUUGCUGCUAAAAGUGACUACGUUUUCGCUACUGGACAACGUGCCACCUUCUUCUUCAUCAACGCUGCUCCCCAAUGGCAACCCUUCAAUGCCGGCAAUUGGAACAAUCUGGAAAUGAACCUGCGUGCACGUAUUGGUAGAGCUAGAUAUAACACAGUAAUUUACACUGGAACAUUUGGUGUUACCCAAUUACGCAAUUCUAACGGAAAAAUGGUAAACAUAUUUUUGGACAAUAACAGAGUUCCCGUACCUCAAUACUUCUAUAAGGUGGUAUACGAUCAAUCCAGACGUCGUGGUACAGCAUUCGUCAGUAUAAAUAAUCCUCAUUACACUCUGGCGGAAGCUCGCAAAUUACAGUUUUGCACUGAUCGUUGUCGCAAUAACAAUGCGUUCAGCUGGAUCAACUGGAGGCCUGAUCGCCUGGACCUGGGAUAUAGCUUCUGCUGCACGAUCUCCGACUUCAGAAGAGUUAUCGGUCACAUACCGAACUUCGAUGUUUCUAAUGGUCUUCUUUCUUAAGCAAUGCGAAAGAGAAAAUAUGAUAUUAAUAUAUAAAAUUAUUUAAAUGAAUGAUUUUAUAACUGAAUGACAAAAAAAAACAUUUUAUGUAAUUAUUUAUAAUCCACACCAAUUACAAAAG